CACUUGCCCCGAAACGAAGAGAUCAACGACCCAUCGCGCUUCGGAUGCCCCAUGGCGGAUGAAGCGCCUGCGCUUUGCCGAUGGCAGCGACUCCCAGGAGAAGCGCUCCAAGGGAGGCCGUGGACUGGGCACGGUGCUUUGCUACAACGGCCGGCGGCAGACGGGACGCGUGCGCUGUGACGAUGGUGAAGAGCUGCUGAUCCCCAGCGGCGGUGCGGUGAACCGGAACAUGGUGCCGCUGACCCCGUCGGGGCUCAUGCAUGGCACUCGAGUGCAGCUGCUGCCCGAUGGCCACGAGAAGAAGGCGGUCUCCGUGCGCCCCGCCGAAGCAAAGCAACAGGGGCUCACCGUGGGGGUCGACAACCAGGUGAACUACCGAGGCGAAGAUCGCAGUGAGCUCUGUGCGGCGGACGUCCUGGACAUCGGCUUUCUCAUCGGGAUCCUCGACGGUCAUUGCGGCGGCCAAUGCGCUUCCCACGUGGCCAAUGGCUUUCCGAAGAUUCUCCACGACGUCUAUGGCUUCGAGGUGAACCAAACACGAGGCGUGGACACUUUGAGCUGCGCCCGCGAGACCGAGCUCCUGCGCGACGUGCUGCGCAGCUCCUGUCGCGCCGCAGAGCGCGACCUGAUGUUGACUGCUUCGAAGGGUCACUGGACCGAUGGGACUUCAGCCAUGUUUGCCCUGCUGGCUCAUGGCUUCGACGAAGAGGGUGCGCCAGUGACGGUGCCGGGCACCAAGGGCGUGGCCAAGGUCUUCUUAGCCUGGUGUGGUGACACUCGUGCUUUGCUGCUGCAUGGGCGGAAGGUGGUGCCCUUGUCGGAGGACCAUGUGCCCAAGAGGAAAGACGAGUACAACCGGGUGAAGGCAGCAGGUGGCAAAGUCCUGGACUUCGACGGGAAACUGAAGGUGGGACGAAGAGACAAAUACAAGGAGAAGAAGUCCUCAGGCGCCUACAAAGAUCUCGUUUGGUUGGAGACCACGCGGUCCUUUGGUGACAUCCGCUUGAAGGCGCCUCACAACAUUGUCAUUUGUGAGCCCGACGUCUUGGUGAGGAACCUCGCUCCCGAAGACUGGGCCUUGGUCUUGGUCUCCAGCAAGGUCACCGCCAAGAUGAGCAACCAGGACAUCGCGGAGGUCUGCAAGGAGUACUUCUCACAAGGCAAAGAUGCAGUCGCUGCGAGUCAAGCGCUGACGACCGCGGCACGAAAACGCGGUGCCACAGGGAACUUGACCACGGUGGUGAUGCGCUUUGGUUGGACACCCUUCCAGCCCGAGUUCCUGGCAAAGAGUCGGAACUCUGGAGUCCUCCAAGUCCAGUGAGCCCACGGCCUUCAUGAGCCACGCCACCGUGAUGUGACGACCAAAGACGGCUUAUUGGGAGGGUCCACCCCCUUAGCAGGCAUUGUUUGGUAGGAAUUGUUUGAACUGAAAGCUAUAACGGAG